AUGAAGUUCGCCGACGUCGUCGAUCCAACCUGGGACCUAACCCUGCAGCGCGUCGUCGCCCACAUCGACGGCGUAUCCGACGUGCGCCGCAUCGCCCUCGCCUCCGGCGUCUCUUUGGAGCUAACCCAACUUGCCCUCCGCCACCUACUCUACUACGACACCAUCCUGCUCCUGGACAUGUUCUUCUUCGGAGCAUGCUACGCUCCUCGCCCUGGCAUCCAUGAUUUUAUCGCCAACGUAGGUGGCAUGGUCGACGAGUGUGCCAACUACGUCUGCGUCGGACCUAUCGAUCCGUCUCCCGGCAACAACAACAGCAACGGCAGCGGAACUGGCACCGGAACCGGACCUGGUUCUUCCGCCGAUAACCACCACCACCACCGCCUCCGUUCCCCACACCCACCACCUCUCCCCCCUCCGGCCUCGGUCCCAACUCCGACCGUGAUUGUGAUCGUGAUCGCGAUCCAAGCCCUUACGCCCAACACCACCACCACCUCUCCCCCGUUCACGAACGAAAACCUUCCACCUCCCCCAACAACAGCCGCACCAACAACCUCAACCCCAACUUCAACUCCCUCCUCCCCACCCACCAAAAACCCACUACCACCACCCAACGGCUACCGCAUAUCCAACUACAUGCUCAUAAAACUCAUGACGACCUUUUGCGUCGGCAAGACUGUCGCCGAAUGGCUCAAGGGCCACAUGGAUUCCGGGUUCGACGUCUUGCGGUACGUAGACGUGCGCCGCUUGGUCCAGUUCGGCGUCAUCAAGGGGUGUCUGUACCGGGUGCACAAAUACGUCAUUUCCAAACAGUACCUGGCUGCGUUGGCUACGGGGUUGGCUAGGCCUGUUUCACCUUCUGUUUCUGGGUCUGCUGCUGCAGCCAACAACAACAACAACAAUACCAAAGGAAAGGGGGCAGACAAAGAGGAAAAGCCAGCAGCGGUGCCGAGAGGCCAUUACGAUACUUACCGCGAACCCGUUGCUGGUGCUGCUGGAAGUCAUGGGGGUGGGGGUGGUGGGGGAAAGGCAAAUAGAAAACUGGCCAUGAUGAUGAUGAAAGCCAGCGGCGACCCUUUGCAGAGGUACAUGGACGGACGGCACUGUUUUGACCAGAUCAUGACGGAGAAAAACAUGACGGAUGCGGAGAUUAUGGAUAAGUUGAGGAAUUUCCCCGUGCCGGCGGGGGAUUUGACGGUACUUUAUCGGUGA